AUGUCAACAAAUUCAGUUUGGUGUCUGUGUCCUCAGACCUGUCCUCCUGUGUCCUCAGACCUGUUCUCCAGUGUCCUCAGACCUGUGUCCUCAGACAUGUUCUCCUGUGUCCUCAGACCUGUGUCCUCAGACCAGUGUCCUCAGACCUGUGUCCUCAGAUCUGUUCUCCAGUGUCCUCAGACCUGUGUCUCAGACCUGUGUCCUCAGACCUGUUCUCCAGUGUCCUCAGACCUGUGUCCUCAGACCAGUGUCCUCAGACCUGUGUCCUCAGAUCUGUUCUCCAGUGUCCUCAGACCUGUGUCCUCAGACAUGUUCUCCUGUGUCCUCAGACCUGUGUCCUCAGACAUGUUCUCCUGUGUCCUCAGACCUGUGUCCUCAGACCUGUUCUCCUGUGUCCUCAGACCUGUGUCCUCAGACAUGUUCUCCUGUGUCCUCAGACCUGUGUCCUCAGACCUGUGUCCUCAGACAUGUUCUCCUGUGUCCUCAGACCUGUGUCCUCAGACCUGUUCUCCAGUGUCCUCAGACCUGUGUCCUCAGACCUGUGUCCUCAGACCUGUGUCCUCAGACCUGUGUCCUCAGACCUGUGUCCUCAGACCUGUUCUCCAGUGUCCUCAGACCUGUGUCCUCAGACCUGUGUCCUCAGACCUGUGUCCUCAGACCUGUGUCCUCAGACCUGUUCUCCAGUGUCCUCAGACCUGUCCUCAGACCUGUUCUCCAGUGUCCUCAGACCUGUGUCCUCAGACCUGUUCUCCUGUGUCCUCAGACCUGUGUCCUCAGACCUGUUCUCCAGUGUCCUCAGACCUGUGUCCUCAGAGACCUGGUCCUCAGACUGUUCUCCAGUGUCCUCAGACCUGUAUCCUCAGACCUGUUCUCCAGUGUCCUCAGACUGUGUCCUCAGACCUGUUCUCAGACCUGUGUCCUCAGACCUGUGUCCUCAGACCUGUGUCCUCAGACCUGUUCUCCAGUGUCCUCAGACCUGUAUCCUCAGACCUGUUCUCAGUGUCUCAGACCUGUGUCCUCAGACCUGUUCUCCAGUGUCCUCAGACCUGUGUCCUCAGACCUGUUCUCCUGUGUCCUCAGACCUGUGUCCUCAGACCUGUUCUGUGUCCUCAGACCUGUGUCCUCAGACUGUUCUCCUGUGUCCUCAGACCUGUGUCCUCAGACCUGUUCUCCAGUGUCCUCAGACCUGUUCUCCAGUGUCCUCAGACCUGUGUCCUCAGACCUGUUCUCCAGUGUCCUCAGACCUGUGUCCUCAACCUGUUCUCCAGUGUCCUCAGACCUGUGUCCUCAGACCUGUUCUCCAGUGUCCUCAGACCUGUGUCCUCAGACCUGUUCUCCUGUGUCCUCAGACCUGUGUCCUCAGACCUGUUCUCCAGUGUCCUCAGACCUGUGUCCUCAAACCUGUUCUCCAGUGUCUCAGAGUGUCCUCAGACCUGUUCUCCAGUGUCCUCAGACCUGUGUCCUCAGACCUGUUCUCCAGUGUCCUCAGACCUGUGUCCUCAGACCUGUUCUCCAGUGUCCUCAGACCUGUGUCCUCAAACCUGUUUCUCCAGUGUCCUCUCAGACCUGUUCUCCAGUGUCCUCAGACCUGUGUCCUCAGACCUGUUCUCAGUGUCCUCCACCUGUCCUCAGACCUGUCUCCAGUGUCCUCAGACCUGUGUCCUCAAACCUGUUCUCCAGUGUCCUCAGACCUGUGUCCUCAGACCUGUUCUCCAGUGUCCUCAGACCUGUUCUCCAGUGUCCUCAGACCUGUGUCCUCAGACCUGUUCUCCAGUGUCCUCAGACCUGUGUCCUCAGACCUGUUCUCUAGUGUCCUCAGACCUGUUCUCCAGUGUCCUCAGACCUGUGUCCUCAGACCUGUUCUCCUGUGUCCUCAGACCUGUGUCCUCAGACCUGUUCUCCAGUGUCCUCAGACCUGUUCUCCAGUGUCCUCAGACCUGUGUCCUCAGACCUGUUCUCCUGUGUCCUCAGACCUGUGUCCUCAGACCUGUGUCCUCAGACCUGUGUCCUCAGACCUGUUCUCCAGUGUCCUCAGACCUGUGUCCUCAGACCUGUUCUCCAGUGUCCUCAGACCUGUGUCCUCAGACCUGUUCUCCAGUGUCCUCAGACCUGUUCUCCUGUGUCCUCAGACCUGUGUCCUCAGACCUGUUCUCCUGUGUCCUCAGACCUGUGUCCUCAGACCUGUGUCCUCAGACCUGUUCUCCAGUGUCCUCAGACCUGUGUCCUCAGACCUGUUCUCCAGUGUCCUCAGACCUGUGUCCUCAGACCUGUUCUCCAGUGUCCUCAGACCUGUUCUCCAGUGUCCUCAGACCUGUGUCCUCAGACCUGUUCUCCUGUGUCCUCAGACCUGUGUCCUCAGACCUGUUCUCCAGUGUCCUCAGACCUGUUCUCCAGUGUCCUCAGACCUGUGUCCUCAGACCUGUUCUCUUGUGUCCUCAGACCUGUUCUCCAGUGUCCUCAGACCUGAGUCCUCAGACCUGUGUCCUCAGACCUGUGUCCUCAGACCUGUGUCCUCAGACCUGUUCUCCUGUGUCCUCAGACCUGUGUCCUCAGACCUGUUCUCCUGUGUCCUCAGACCUGUGUCCUCAGACCUGUUCUCCUGUGUCCUCAGACCUGUGUCCUCAGACCUGUUCUCCAGUGUCCUCAGACCUGUGUCCUCAGACCUGUGUCCUCAGACCUGUUCUCCAGUGUCCUCAGACCUGUGUCCUCAGACCUGUUCUCCUGUGUCCUCAGACCUGUGUCCUCAGACCUGUUCUCCAGUGUCCUCAGACCUGUGUCCUCAGACCUGUGUCCUCAGACCUGUUCUCCAGUGUACUCAGACCUGUUCUCAUGUGUCCUCAGACCUGUGUCCUCAGACCUGUUCUCCUGAGUCCUCAGACCUGUGUCCUCAGACCUGUGUCCUCAGACCUGUGUCCUCAGACCUGUGUCCUCAGACCUGUCCUCCUGAUUAUUUAA